AUGGCUAAUAGAUCAAAAAAGGAUAAAAAACGCGCCCAUGUGCGUAUAUUUUUUCCAAAUCUAACAGAAAGUGCAGAAGAUACUCCUCCACCAUCCUAUGAAAUGCCAGAUGUGAAGGAUGAAGCUGUUUUGAAUUAUAACGGACAACAACUUACAAUUAAUGUUCAAAUGUUGAAUGAUCUUGAAAGAUUAGGUACGGGAUGCUUUGGAAAUGUAAUGCUUGUUGAUGUUGUUGAUCAUCCUGAAAUUAAAAUGGCGAUUAAAAGAAUGACAUUACAACCAAAAGAUGAUUCUAAUAACGAUUUUACUGCUGAUACCGAUUUAAAAACAAUUAGAGCUGUUGGCUCUCAAGAUCAUCCAUAUAUAAUUAAAUUUUAUGCUGCACUGAUUGACACCCGAGAUAGUCAACUGGUUAUAUGUAUGGAAGCAAUGGAUGCUUCGAUGGAUCGCUUUUAUAAAGCGAUGCAUCUUGCUAAAAAAUUCGAUCAGCUUGAUCCACUAUUACGUCGUGUUUCGAAUAAUCCCGAACGUUUCAAGACGGGAGCUCCAUAUGGAAUCCGAUCUGAUAUGUGGGCAUUAGGAAUCAGUUUAGUUGAAAUUGCAACCGGUAUUCAUCCCUUUGAGAGACUACAACAGUUUGAACUCAUGAUCAAAAUUGAAACAUGGGUCCCUGAAAUACCAAACAUUAUUUCUAAUCAGAUGUCUGAAUUAAUUUUAAAUUUACUUAAAACUGAUUUAAAUCAACGUCCAAGUUCAUACGAUGAAAUUCUUGAAAUGCCUGUUGUAAAAAAUGUACCUCAGGAACCAUCUAAACAAGAAGUAGACUUUGUAACAAGUAUUUUACAAAAAAUUCCUCCGCUGGAUGAUUUUUAG